AAGCAGCCAAAGAAGACCACACAUAUUGCUUUCCUUCUCUCUGAAACUCCAGCUCUCAACUGGACCCAACAAAGCAACUUUGUUCAUCCAAUUUCUGUGUGCCCAUUUGCUUUCUAUUCUCUCUCUUAAAUCAUAAAUUGUAGAGAGAGAGAGGGAGGGAGAGAGGGAGAGGAGAGAGAGAGAGAGAGAGAGAGAGAGAGAGAAAUUCCCAAAAGAAGAAGACAGUUAAAAGGCCCUGUUAUGGCAUGCUUUGUGCCUUUUAAUGAUAGAAAUUUAGAUAUAAGCUUUUUUGUGUUUAGGCCAACUGUUGUACUUGAGGAUGAUCUUGUGAAGGCCUUAAAACACUUCUCUUUAUGCACCGAGACUCUUGGCUGUGUUCACAGUGCUGUAUUUAGGAGUAUUCAUGGGAAUAUGAUCAUAUGGUAUGGAGCAUGGAUUAAGAGGUCUAGUGAGAACAAGGAGUUACUCAAUGCAGCCCUUAUAUCAAUGUUGGCCGAUGUAUCAAGCAUGGCUAUCUUAAUUGAUCAUAGCUUCUUUGAUGCAUAUGGUGGAGAAUCAAGAGAUGGCUCACCAGCAGCAAAAUUUUUCCCCGGCGACACGAUUUCGAUGCAUUCAGGAACCAUUACUGCUGAUACCAUGAAUCAAACUGACUUCUCCUAUGCAUGCUUAGCCAUAUUCAAAUCGCGUUUCGUAAAACUGGAAGGUGCAUCAGCUGGAGUGUGCUUAAAAUGCCGUAGUAGGCCAAGAGUGGUGACUCUUUUGGUGUGGAAAUCUCUCCAUUCCUGCUACUCUUGGAUUCUAAAUUCCGAUUAUCGGAACACUUUUCUUCCCUAUCUUGAUGGCUUCUCUGUUGAUGUCAAGUAUGACAUUUUCAGGGUUGUUUUUGUUAGUAGUGACAAUGUACUGAACUUUCAGUACUACCCUCCUCAUCAGAUGUUGGAAAAUGUGGUAGAAAGUAAAGGAAACUAGGUUUAAAGAGAGAGAGAGAGAGAGAGAGAGAGAGCUAAAGGGUGGUGAAUCAAAUUGAUUUGCAACAAGUUUUGUUAUAUGAAUUAGAUGUGUUAUAGAUAGCCCCUGAAUAUUUGUUCAGAAUUGAUUUGAAUUCUAUCUAAAUGUUCAUAUUGUAUACAGAA